GAAAGGCUCCAGAAGCCUCGCUGGAAACCUAUCCUAAAUAUUUCGUCUAAAAACUUUUUGGAAAUUCUUGAGAAUAUUCUUAUGAAAGUCACAUGUCGUGCAUGCAAAUUUUCAGUUGUUAAAAAAUGUUUGACAAGUUUCUUUCACUGGUUUGGUUUGAUCAUGCUCAGCCACAAACACAAAUCCGUGAUGAAACAUUCUCUCUCGACAUUGACGAAUCAGUUGUUGAAAAUCUUCACACAAAAUUAUCGAGAAAUGUUCUCGACAAGUAUUCUCGAAAUUUUGGUGAUGAAAAAGAUUUAUACAAUUGUGUCAUAUUGCCCAAUGUUGAACCAAAAUCAAAACGAAACUCCUUUUUCAAUUUUACGAAUCCAACCUAUUCGUCCGAAUUUGUUGAAAAACUAAUUAUUUUCCAAAUCUUGAAACAGUUGAAAAAUUUAGAACCCUCCAUUGAUGAGUUGCCAACCAUAAAAACAGGUGAUUAUUAUUUAUUUUGUUUCAGAUUGGAUAAAUUUCUUGAAGAAAAUCCUUCACAGUCAACCAUUUUGAAAGAUUUGAAAAGGAGUGUGGAAAGAAUUUCAGACAAGUUUGAAAAAUCAUUUUAUUCUAAAAAGGAAAUCAAUCAGAUAUUAAUAUUUGCAACUAUCUGGCUGGAGACUGAGAAUACAUUCGACAAUUACAAACUCUCAAAAUAUGACAUUUAUUUUGGUGAUUUUUCACGAAUAUUCAGAUGCCUCAAUCUUUUUUAUAACCAUUUCAAGAGUGAUUAUGAUUUUAUAUCAAUAUUAGGAUAUGAAGGCGAAGGAACUGUUUUCAAAGUAUUUCUCAAAAAAUCGAAAACAUUGAGGGCCAUAAAAUUAAAAUACGAAGCUGAAAAAAACGAAGAAUCAACAAGAGAGCUCAUCAAAUUAUUGAAAACAGACAUUGAAGGAAAGAUUAAAUACUUUGAAUGUGACACAAUUGGUGGUCACUUGUAUUCAGUGAUGGAACUUGGAGAGCAAUCAUUAUCAGAUUAUAUUACAAGAAAUAAUGAAGAAGGGUUUUAUAGAGAUGGAUUCAUUUCAAAAGAUAAAAUAAUAGAAAUAAUUGAGAUAUUUAUCAAGGUGUUGACGUCUGUCAGUUCAAUUAAUGAACACUAUACUUUACACAGAGAUUUGGAUCCUAAAAAUAUUGUAAAAGUUCAAGAUUAUUACAAAAUCAUUAACUUUAACACAGCAAAGGCGAUAGAUAGUUACCCAUUAAUGGCAGUUAGAAAGGUGCCAUAUAUGCCACCUGAAAGCUUAGUUGAAGCUCCUAGGAAUGGUAAUAACCAAAAACAAAUUAACAAUGGUCAUUUGUUCUCAUUGGGAUGUAUACUUUUGAAAUUAUUUACAAACUGUCCAUUACAGUUAGAUGAACUAUUUUUAAAUGAUUCAGAUAUAUCUAAAUAUGAUGAUGAUUACAUGUAUUUUACUACCUUUGGAAAAUAUUUCUCCUCUGUUUCGACAACAAAUGAUGGGGAAUUGAAAUUACAUUAUGCAAUUGGAAAAAUACUCAACAAGACAAUUAAUACUAAUUUUGGAGUAACUGAUAUCUUGAGUAGAUGUAUAAUUACAAUGAUACAAAGAGAUACAACCAAAAGGUUGAAUUGCUAUUUGUAUAAAACAAUUCUGGAGAAUGUUUUACAAUUCUUGAAAGGUGAAAUUCAAGAUAUUUCAUUAAAUAAUAAGAAUGAAACUAUACAGCUCAAUAAUAUACCAACACUCAUAAGUUAUCAAAGUAGUUUGACGAAAAUUAUCAACGAAAAAGACAGAUUUAUAUUCCUUGAAAGAGGCAUAGGAUGUGGGAAAGGCGUGGUUGACAAAGUUAUGGAUAAAAAACUAGGUCGUAUUGUUGCUUUGAAAACAUACAGAGAGAGUUCAAUAAUGAAUGAUUUAACAAGGCUAAUGGAAGCUUUCAAGAAAGCAAAAGAAUUUGAUCAUCCCAAUGUGGUUAGAUAUUUGGAAUAUGAUGUCGUCUAUCAAUCAUUGGAUAAUUUUUAUUUUGUAAUUAUGGAAUUAGCUGAACAAAAUUUGAAACAGUACAUAGAGUCACAAAGAAACCUAUCCCUGAAGGAAAUUACAAUGCUAUUCAGAGAUAUUCUCAAGGGAUGCAUUUAUUUACAUCAAAAUGGAAUAAUUCACAGAGAUUUGAAACCUCAAAACAUUUUAAUCUACAGAAUCGAAGAUAAAGUGGUGCCACGAAUCUCAGAUCAUGACGAAUGUAAAAUUGCUGAUUUGGAUCUUGUAAGAACUACUCUAGUUCAAGGCACAAGAGAAUAUGCAGCUCCUGAACUAUUCGAAAAAACACGUUCCAAUAAUAAUUUAUAUGAAAGAGUUGAUAUCUACUCUCUAGGAUGUAUAUAUUUAUUCAUGCUCAUAAAUACUGAUUUGGAAGUUGAGGAGAAAACCUUUUUCGAUUGGAUGAUUUUAAACCAAGAGGAGAAAGUUCAUCAAUUCAUCAGCAAAAUCAUUGAAAAUUUAUAUGGAAGUAUUGAUAUCAAAUUGAGAAAUUACAUUACUAGAUUACUGUGCUGCUCAAUCAACAAGUCACCUCUCAGAAUUCCAUUGAAAGAGUUUUAUACAGGAAUUAAGUAUAUUUUGAAUUUAAUGGGACAUGCAGAGGAAAUAGAUGAGCUGGAAGAUGGAAUCAGUGAUGAGUUGAUGGAAGCAAUAUUGAAGAAAAAUGAAUGAGUCAGAUGAAUCAAUAGAAUGCUAUCAACAUUUCGCUCCAGUUUCAGAUCUCGUUUUUCUCUGUAUUGUUUUAUAUUUUCCUUAAAAGAAAUUAGUCCAUAUUUGGAAAUUAGAAAAAAUACAAAAUCAAUUGAGUUGAAUAC